CCACGGGAACCCUGCUUUGCUGGGAUUAGCGUGGACAACCACUGGUUUAUUCAGGGGAAAGACACCUCCGUUACAGAGGAUAAAAGAGAGAGUGUAUAAGUCUGUAGGACAAAAACAUGACUUCCUCCAGUGGUCUCCUGUCUGAAGAUCAGUUCCUGUGCUCUGUCUGUCUGGAUGUGUUCACUGACCCUGUCUCCACUCCAUGUGGACACAACUUCUGCAUGACCUGUCUCAAAGAAUUCUGGGACAGCACUCCACACUGCCUGUGUCCACUCUGUAAGGAGCAGUUUAAUGUGAGACCUGAGCUUCGCGUUAACACUUUCAUAUCUGGACUGGCGGCUGAGUUCAGGAAAACAGUUCAGAUGCAAAAAAGAAGCAGUGCAGAGCUACUUGCUGCCAAACCUGGAGGAGUUCUCUGUGAUGUCUGCAGUGAUCAGAAACUGAAGGCUGCCAAGUCCUGUCUGGACUGUGGGUUGAGUUACUGUGAAACUCACUUAGAACCCCAUAAAAUUACAGCCAAACUGAAAAAACACAAACUGAGGGAUCCUGUGGAGAACCUGGAGGACUAUAUAUGCCAGAAACAUGAGAGACCCCUGGAGCUGUUCUGUAGAGAUGACCAGACAUGUGUGUGUCAGUUCUGCACUGAAACAGACCACAAGACUCACAACACUGUUCCUCUAGAGGAGGAGAGUGAGGAGAGGAAGCCCCAGUUACAGAAAACACAGACAGAAGUGCAGCAGAUGAUCAAGCAGAACCUGAAGAAGAUUAAAGAAAUCAGACACUCCAUACACCUCAGCAAAACAAACACAGAGAGACAGAUAGCAGACAGUAUGGAGGUGUUCAGUGCUCUGAUUGGCUGUAUUGAGAGAAGUCGGGCUGAGCUGAUUGAGCUGAUGGAGGAGAAACAGAAAGCAGCAGAGAGGCAGGCUGAAGGUCUCAUUAAAGAGCUGGAGCAGGAGAUCACUGAGCUGAAGAGGAGAGACACUGAGCUGGAGCAGCUCUCCCACUCUGAAGAUCACCUCCACCUCCUACAGGUUUACCCAACACUGUGCAGCCCUCCACACACCACACACUCCACUGACAUCAGUAUUGACCCUCAUCUGUGUGUGGACAGUCUAAGGAAGGUUCUGGAACAGUUGGAGAAACUGGUCAAUGCAGAAAUUAAGAAAGUGUCUGGAAAAGAGAUUGAGAACAGAAGGAGACUGUAUGCAGUGGAUGUGACUCUGGAUCCUGAAACAGCCCAUCCCAAUCUCAUCCUGUCUGAUGACGGAAAACGAGUGAGACAUGGAGACGCACGACAGAAUCUGUCCGACAACCCAGAGAGGUUUGAUCCAUCUGUCUGCGUCCUGGGGAAGGAGGGGUUCUCCUCACGGAGAUUUUACUAUGAGGUGGGAGUCAGGACAAAGACUGACUGGGCUUUGGGAGUGGCCAGAGAGUCCAUUUACAGGAAGGGGCUACACAUGCUGAGUCCAGAGGAUGGAUACUGGACUGUGGUUCUGAGGAACGGGGACGAGUAUCUGGCUUGUGAAUCUCCCCGUGUCCCCCUCUCUCUGAGACAGAAGCCCCAGAGGGUGGGGGUGUUUGUGGAUCAUGAGGAGGGUCUGGUCUCCUUCUAUGAUGUGGAGGCCAGUUCUCAUGUCUACUCUUUCACUGAUCAGUUGUUCAUUGAGAAACUCUAUCCAUUCUUCAGCCCUUAUCCUAAUAAGAAAGGUAAAAACUCUGGCCCAUUGGUUAUCGGUUCUGUCAGUUAA